CCCCCCCAAAUUGUCACCCCUCCUUACAUUUUUCUAGUGAUAGCCAUCAUCUCAUGGAAGUAAGUACUGUACAUAUCAUCAUGAUUUGUUUUAUCAUCAUGAUUUGCUAGCAGCUUUGGGGGGCAGGGAGGGAUUAUUUAAGAAACCAGAAAACAGCUCAGCCUGCAAUCCUAACCCUGCUUGCUUUGGAGUGAGCCCCACUGAAAUAAGUAGGACUUCCUUUUAAAUAUACAUGGUUAAGAUUGUGCUGUAAAGCUCUCUUGUUCUGAGUUUUAUAUAAAAAAUAAAGUAUUAUAUGUGCAUAAUUGUGCUUAUAUACUGAGAGAAAGAUAGGGCAAAGAAGGGAGCAGGGAAGUACCACAGUAUUAAAAAUACUUUAAAUGCACACACAUAUAUACACACACCUCUCUGUCCCCAUUAGUUUUUCACUGAUUAAACAUUUGUAUAAGCUACUGUUUUAUUGUUUUAAAGCUGGGACUGUGUAAAUAUCUUCCUGCUGGUUUAUAGUUUAAUGCAGAGGUGGAUAACUGGUCGGCCCCAUAGGUUGCUGGCCUCCUAACGCUCAUCAACCCCAGUCAGUCAGUUGUCAGGCAUGAUGGGAGUUGUAGUACAGCAGCAUCUGGAGGGUCACAACUUCCCCAACUCUAUUCUACUGACUGGUGUUCUUGUGUUCUUUAUUCUGAAAGUUUUAUUCUGUUUUAAUACAAGUUUUAAAACUAAUACAUUGCAUUAUGGAGCAUUGCAUUGUUGUGUUUUAUAGUUAUAUUCCUGUUCACCAUCUUGAGUGCAAGUAAUGCAGAAAGGUUGUGUGUGUGUGUGUGUGUGUGUGUGUGUGUGUGUAUAUCAUAGGACAUUAAUGGCAGACAUUGCUGUUACAUGUGGCACAUCUCCCUUUUGCCUUCAGCGAGCAGGUUUUUCAGGAUUUGUACUGUAAAGCUACUGAUUCUCAAUUUAUUCACAUCUCCAAACACUAUAUGCACAACUUGAAUAUAUUCAUAUUAUGCCAAAUAGAGCCACUCAUUUUUAUUACCUGUAUGACAACACUUGUGAAGGUUUUCAGUUGGAUAAACAGUGAUUAUACAAAGCAGCGUUUCAGAAUGGGUGGGUUGUUAAGCACAUUCACCUUCUCUUUCAGAUACAGGUAACAGACAAAAUCUGAGGGAAAACCUGCUCUUAGAGCAACUUCUCUGCCGUCUCCCUACUCAGAUUGGCAAGUGCUGCUUCUGCAUAUAUGAAUAUGAAAACAGAAGCAAUGGUCAAGGGGAAUCAGACAACAGUGACUGAGUUCAUUCUCCUUGGUUUCACAGAACAUCAAGAGACACAGGUAGUCCUCUUUGUGCUCUUCCUGGCCAUCUAUGUGGCCACCCUGGUGGGGAACAUCGGCAUCAUGACGUUAAUCUGGAUCAGUCCCUCUCUGCACAGUCCGAUGUACUUUUUUCUCAACAAUCUGGCCUUCCUAGACCUCAGUUACUCCUCUGCCAUUACUCCCAAGAUGCUGGCCAGUUUCUUAACAGGAAGGAAAACUAUUUCGCUUGCAGGAUGCAUUGCGCAAAUGUAUCUGUUUGCUUCCUUUGCAGAUGCGGAAUGCCUCCUGCUGGCUGCCAUGGCGUACGACCGCUACAUGGCCAUUUGUAACCCGCUGCUUUAUCCGGUUCUCAUGUCGCGCAAGGUUUGUGUCUGGCUAGUAGCUGGCUCCUAUCUCACAGGCGGCAUGAGCUCAUUUAUGCACACUUACUUUACCUUCCGCCUCUCCUUCUGCAAUUCCAAUGUCAUCAAUCAUUUCUUCUGUGACAUCCCUCCUCUGUUGGCCCUCUCCUGCUCCAACACCCACUUCAAUGAAAUCCUGCUCUUUGCCCUUUGUGGAUUCAUCCAAACGAGCACUUUCGUGUUCAUCCUUAUUUCUUACGCCUGCAUCCUUUGCACCAUCCUAAGGAUCCACUCAGCAGAAGGCCGCCACAAAGCCUUUUCCACCUGCACGUCCCACUUGACAGCUGUCACUUUGUACUAUGGUACUCUUCUCUUCACAUACUUGCGCCCAAGCUCCAGCUAUACUCUGGACACAGACAAAAUAAUCUCAGUGUUUUAUACUGUGAUUUUCCCCAUGUUGAACCCAUUGAUCUACAGCUUGAGAAAUGAAGAGGUGAAGGAUACCCUCGGCAAAAUAUUGCGAAGGAAAGUGAUGGUACUCAGAGGUCGAUAGCAAGAUUUCCAUUUAUUAUUGGUGGCAUAAACACCACCACUUGCCAUACAGAUUUGAAUCUAUGGAUCCACAACAACAGAAUGCUACACCCUUUACAGUACUUGUGGUUGUAUUAUAUUUAAGGUUGCCACACAUCUGGAAUUUCCCGGGCAUAUCUGGAAUAUUGCAUUUGGAAGCAGUGUCUGGGUAGGAAUCGCAAAAAUAUUUGGGAAAAUCCAGACGUAUGGCAACCCAUGUCAGCAAUAUUGUUUUUGGCUAUUUCCCUUAAAAAUAACUCAGAAAACUUCAAAAGGGUUUGCCCAACAAAUUUGGCCAAAACUCAAAAAGCUAAACAACUUUGGCAAAGGAAGAAGAAGCUCAGCAACUUUUCUGGCUGGAUUUUCACCAUUUGGAAUAUGUUGACCCUAAUAAUAUUGCUUCAGUUCGGUUUUGCAGGUGAUCAUUACUUCAUUUAAAACCAUUUACUUAACCAGUGAUAUUUAGAUGUUUAAUGGCUGUGUGGGACAUAGCAGCUUUCUAAUGGAAAAGUUGGAGAACAUUACAUCUUUUGGAAGAGGUGAUGAAGACAUUUUCAAAUAGAUACACUGUGAGUCAUAUGAUUUGUGGAUCACGGUCAUAAAGUUUCUCUCAGUUAUGAAAACACUGUAAGUGCUCUGGAUAAGAGUUCCUAUAAACAAUUUAUUGGGACAGUAUAAAAUAGUAUUUUCACUGAAGCUUUAUUCAGAAAUUGCUCUCUUCAUGCUCAGAAGCAUCUUACUGAAAACACAAUGCUGGAAUAGAUGGACCUGUGGUUUGUACUGUCAGUGAUCACCUUCUAGACCUGGAGACACAUUUCUAAUCAUUUUCUGAAUUGCCAUGAGUGCAUCAUGAUUAUAUGUCACACACAGUUAGGAAUGGGCCUAAUGUUUCCCAGUGGACAAUUCAGUGUAAAAGGGGGUGUUUCAGGGGGUUGAGAGAUCCCCAUAUGAAUAUAUUUAGGGUAGGCCCUUAUGCAUCAUCAAAGAGGUGGGCAAAAGAGGGCACAUAUUUGCAUAAAAUUAGCAUCGGGUAAUGCAC